AUGAACAGAGACGCCAUCCUAGCUACCCUAAAACCCACACCGAAAACUGAACCACCAGAUACCACUUCCCUCCGUCACAAAGCCCACGCCAUCAUCUCCACUAUUGACUCCUCCACCAUCGAGCAGAUACCAGCCACUCUUCUCGACCUCCUCACGCAAAUCAUCAAACCUCUAUUCACAAGGACGAGACACCCGCAUUUAACGUCCACCGGGCGAAAAUCUCAGGUAGCCGCUCCCCCGGCCUCAAUUGCCAACCGGUUUCUAGACACGUCUGAUGGGUCCGGUUUCAAUGAUCCCCCCUGGAAAACAUCAACCCCCUUGACAAUACCGCUCCUGGAAUACAUUCUAACCAGCUACUCGGCCCUCCCUGCUGAGGAUGCCGACACUCCCAAGGAUACUCUCCGCGGACGGACCGUCGAAGCACACUUCCACCUCCUCGUCCCGCCUAUCCUCAACAUGAUCGACGAUGCGGCGCCCACGCCGUACAAGUCCGCCGGAUGCAAGUUUCUGGCCACGCUGUGCGAAGUCCUCACGUCCACCCAUUCCGAAAUUCUCAAGCGCUCGGGGCUAGCGGAUGUGAUGGUUGACGCUUUGAGGACGAAUUUCCUAACUCUCCCUACGUUGACGCCCGAGGAGGACAGCCUGGCGCUGCUGGGGGAGGUGUAUCCUGCGUUUUUGGGCGUCGUGGAUGCGCGGUUCGUGGUGCUUAUGCGUAAGCUUGGGUCUCCGUCGAUUCAAGCCAAGGCACAAGACGCGUCGGCAGGGUCAGACGUUGCCAAGGACGCCGACUUCAUCCCCUACCAGGCCAUGCUCACGCUAGUCUACAGACACGGAAUCAUGGCGUCUUUGGCACACUUGUCCGCGUCGAGCAACGCAGGGUCUGGAUCCCUCUCAAACACAAUCUCCGUGCCCCUUACCGUCUUGCUCCUAAGGCAGAUCCCACCCGUUUUUUCCAGAAUGGGGAUCCACUCCGUCACACAUCUCCGGGGCCUCUUGCCCACGCUGAGGGCCUCGUUGAUGGAUCCGUUUGUGUUAGCUGCGCCGGAUAUGGUAGGUGCGAUCUUGGACGUCGUGGACUGUGUCUGUGAUGUCGCGAGGGCGAGGAUUCAGCAGAAAUGGUGGCCCGAGGUGCUGAGAGGGUUGAUUGGGUGUUGGGUGAAUUGUGUGGAUGAGAAGGAGACAAUACCAGCUGGGAAGACUGCAGCGUCAGCUACGCACCUAGAAGACAUCAUGGCGCGGUUAAGGAGAAUGGUGAAAUCGCUGGGCGAGAUCGUCGACCCGAAUGAGUGGAGCGAGGUCAAGAAAACGCUGGUCGAGGAGGAAGACGAUUUGAGGGCCUUGUUUGGCGAUUGA